CACAUAAUUUCUGAUCUUUGGUAAGAUACAAUGGAUCAAAUGGCGAUACUUCUGUUAAUGGUAUUGGUUUUACUAGUAGUACCUUAUAAGUUGGUACAAGGAUCUGAAGCUGCAUUGUCACUAGAUCAAAAUUUGUCCACGAAAAUGCGACUUGAGCUUAUCAACAAACCAGCAAUUAAGAGUUUUGUGAGUCAGUACGGUGAUAUUUUGGAUUGUGUGGAGAUUCGAAAGCAACUUGCAUUUGAUCAUCCUUUGCUAAAGAAUCACUCAAUACAGAUGAAACCUAAUUUCGAUACUUUGGAACGACGAAAAAUGAAUGACAAAUCUUCAUCAGUGUUGACGCUUUCACAACUUUUACCAAAGAACAUGAGAUGUCCGAAAGGAACAGUCCUCGUCAAAAGAAUCCAAGAGGAAGAUCUUAUCAUGGAGAAAUUCUCAAAUUCGUUAGGCCGGAUGCGGAUCACAUUUCCAACUUCUAAUAAUUCUUCUAACUUUGUUUACCCUAAUGAUGAUCCACAAAUGGUCCAUGAAGUAAAUUUUUUUUCUUUUUCUUUUUUAAUGAUCAAUUUUGAUUUUGAACAUUGUUGUUUGAUAAGCCCUUUGACAGCCAACGGCCCACGACUUCGUGCUCAUGCCUGGUCGGACCGUGCCUUUUCAUAUUGGGCUGAACGGUCUGGGUCCGGCCCAAUGUCAUAUUUUGUUGUGGUGAUUGCGGCUCUUGUAACAUCGACCCAAAACACAGGAGCAGCAGGCAUAAUAAACCUAUGGAACCCAGGGGUGAAACCAGGCCAAUAUAGUGAUGCUUCUUUCUUCGUUAUAAGUGAGGAUGGUUCAGUUGGUAACGGUAUAGUUACAGGUUGGGCGAGAGAUAGCGGGAAGAGCACAGGUUGUAACAAUGCACUAUGUCCAGGUUUCGUACAAACUAGUCAACAAGUCACCCUAGGCCAAGUUUUAAGUCCUAUAUCACGCAGAUCUAGUCACCAAUACUUCGUAGACCUUACCAUACAACAGGAUGUAAAGACGAAGAAUUGGUUUCUUUUAUUCGGAAACGACACCGUCGGAUAUUGGCCGAAGGAGCUGUUUACGACGUUAGCGAACGGGGCGACGAAAGCGGGUUGGGGUGGUGAAAUUCAAAGCCCGAUGACGGAGCCACUUCCUGCAAUGGGAAGUGGUCAUUUCUCAGCGGAAAAUUAUGCGAGAGCUUGUCUUAUGAAGUGGCUAAAGUUAAGUUGUCCACAAGGUUUUCCUGAUACGAAAGAUUUGAAAUAUCUUAUGACAAGGCCUAAAUGUUACGACAUUUGGUAUGGGAAAUCUACUCGUAUCGUUGAUGAAGAAACUGCUGAUUGGGGGAAUUUUAUCUACUUUGGUGGACCCCUUGGUUCGACCAAUUUGGUAAAUGGAUUAGAAGCAACAUCAUCACAAGAUGAGAAAUCAAGGGUUAAUAAUUAUCUUCAGGUCAUCAACAAGCCAUCAAUCAAAAGUUUCAUGACGAAGAAUGGUGACAUUUUGGAUUGUGUGGAGAUUAAUAAACAAUUUGCAUUCGACCAUCCGUUACUUAAGAAUCACUCAAUACAGAUGAAACCUAAUUUCAAGGUCUCUAAGCAAACAACAUCAACUGGUCAGUCUUCAAAAAUAUUAACGCCUUCACACCUUGUACCAAAACAUAUGAGAUGUCCAAGAGGAAGUGUUCUUAUCAAAAGGAUCCAAGACGAAGAUCUUGCACUACAGAAAUACUCUUCAUUUUCAGGGAUGAAAUUUUCGACUACAAAUUCUGUUACCGCCGCUAGCAAUUACGACGCUCCUCCUGGAUACCAAACUGCAGCAGUUAUAUCACCUACGCCGAACAUGGGAGCAUCCGGCGUAAUUAACGUGUGGAGUCCUGAUGUAAUACAGGGUCAAUUAUCAAACGCUGCUGUUUUUGUUUCCAGUGAUGAUGCUUCCGGUGUUAAUGGUGUUGCUGCCGGCUGGGCGGUAAGUCCCUCUAUGUUCGGCCAGAACUCUUCUCGGUUAGUUGGAUACUGGACAAAAGACGGUGGGAAGAGCACAGGUUGUUUCAAUGGAUUGUGUCCAGGAUUUGUACAAAUUAGUCAAAAGGUUACCCUUGGCGUUCUUGUACAACCUGUAUCUACCUAUAACGGUGAUCAAUAUUUUAUGAAAAUUUCCAUUAAACAGGAAGUAAAUACGAAAAACUGGUGGCUAUUUUACGGGGACGAAGGUGUUGGAUAUUGGCCAAAGGAGUUGUUCGGAACCCUAGCGAACGGUGCAGCAAGAGCAGGUUGGGGAGGAGAAAUAUCAAACCUAGCAACGGCGCCUGCACCGGGAAUGGGAAGUGGUCAUUUCCCAGAAGAAGGACCUAAAAAAGCUUGUGUGAUAUAUGGGCUAACAUUGUAUGGUAGUGUGAUACCUAAAGAAAAUGAAUUUACUACGACAUUAAGCAAGCCUAAUUGUUACAGGGCUAUUUAUGCUGGUAUUGCUGCUGGUGAAUUUGGUCGUUAUAUGUACUUUGGUGGACCUCCAGAUUGUACAUCUUUAACUUAAUACUUGUAUCAAGCUACUCAUAUAUACUUGAUUAGUUUCAAUCUUACAAUUACUUUAUCAGGAAAAUAUUACACCGAUGUUAUAUGUACACUCUGGGAUAAGACUGUCAUUGGACAUGGUCAAUAUAGUGUCAA